UAUGCCACGCCCAUGUAGCGCGAGGUGGGAUCUCCAUAGUAACAGCACAAAUAUAUUUAAGGAUUUCCCGCCACAUACAGCUGAGGACCAACACUUUAAUACAAGUAUCUAAAACAACAAAAGCUCUAAUAAUGGCCCCAAUAAGAAUCAAGCACAUUGUGUCAUUCAGUUCACAGGAUCCUAAACACCCUGUGGAGAACUUGCUCAGUGAAAGCUCUAUUCAGCCCUGGUUGAUAUGUCCUCAAGACCGAAGUCGACAGCUGAAAGUAGAGCUGCAGUUAGAACGAGCUUGUUUGAUUGGAUAUAUUGACAUAGGUGAUUUUCUGGCAGAUGCUUUAGGUGAAAAGUGGGAUAGAAUUCGUAUCAGCUGCAGUCAGCCAUUCAACAAGAGCCUAUUUGGUCUGUCAUUCUUACGUCUCCGAUCUCAGUUGGAUGAAGAGGAUGAGAACAGAACUCCAGCAGCUGAUUGCAGACAGAAUGAAGAUUCCCCGGAGGACGCUCCAGGAUCUCAACAACACUCCUGCUCUAUUUUCAGAAAGAUGUUUAUAAAAGGCCCUACGGAGAAUGACAUACAGAGCCCCAUAAAGGAGGGGAAGACACAGCAAGCAGUCUCUACUCGGUGUUGUAGCACAGCAUGUCUCAGCCGCACAGCUCGUAUGGUCCUGUCUGCAGCAGAGUCCCUCAAACGCAGAUUCCCAGAAACAAGCACUCCCAGCCUCUCACCAUCUCACAGUCUAAACAAAAGGUGUAUCUCCCAAGAGGAGGAUAAGAAACGUCAGAGCCCAGUCUCUUCUGGUGCUUUCCCAGAUUCAUCAUUGUCACAACCUACCCCUCAAAAGAAGGAAAGUACAAAACCUAGUGGCAGAAGGAGACUGAGGAUGACAGAGUCCACGGGAAGAAGAAGAAGACAACCUCAUUUACAAGAGAAAUUGCAGACACAAAAGGAAAAGCGUGACAAUAUUCUCAGGACACACCACUCUCCUGAGAUUAAGCAAGGCUGCAGCAGCUGCCCCAUUUGUGGAGGAUAUUUUCGGACAGACUAUCUCCCAACUCAUGCCUCAACAUGCGGAGAAGAUCAUGUGACCCAAAGUAUCUGCCUGUCUUCAGAUGACGAUUCCUCUGAUGAUAUCUACAGGAUUAAUUCUGACCUGACUGUGUCUUUAGUCCCUUGUCCACUGUGUGGAUUUACUUUUCAGAGUACAGAAAUUGAGAGACAUGCCAGCAGUUGUGGCGUGUAAAUCACUUCACCUUCACUACCGGAUGUCUACUGGAUAUGAUUCCUUUACAGAUGGUUGAAACAUACUUGCUGCUUGCUUUAUUUGUAAAUUUAGUGGCUGCCAGUACAUCCUUAAUCUGAAACCUAUCAUGGAAGAUUGCUGAUUGCUUUUCCUUAUCAUAAGAACUGAUGAACACUGUCAGCCUGUUCUGUGCACACUGUCCUCUCAGUUUGUUCAACGCUGACUUAGAGUCAUACUAUAUAUCCAGUGAUGAUAUUAACAUGGUUAAAAAUACAUUGGACCUCAAACUAUUAUGAUUACAUUAUGAGAGCAUAAACUAAUUUAAAUAAGUAGUAAUAAAAGAAUCAGGAAUCAUUGACAAGAGGGCUCCAGGAAUCAUCUGCAAGACUAUGUUAAGUACCUGCAACAACAACAAGGGCAUUCUUUAGCAGGUGAUAAACAUCCAGUGGGGAAAUUUUGCAGAUUUUUAAUUAAAUAUUUGAUGUCAUAUUUAUAUGCAACAAAUCAGUCUGCUUAUUAUAUUUCUGUUUACUCGUACAUGGAAAAAAUGAUCUCAUAUUUAUUUCUACUACUAUGUUGAAUACAUACAAACAUGCCAAGUUGCAGCCAAUUUGAUGAAUCACUAUUAAAAAGACAGUAAACACCUUGUAAUUUUUUUUUUUUUUUUUACUUUUUUGCAAUAGAUAAACAUAUUAGGGGA